AGCUCCCGAAAUGCGACUAAUCGACUCGUUCCGGCGGCUGGACGCGUAUCCAAAAAUUGAUAAGGAGUUUAGCAUUAAAACGAUCGGCGGUGCCGCGUUGACCACCAUCAGCGGCACAAUCAUUGUGUUUCUGAUCUACUCGGAGUUUGUCGCCUACCUGACGCCCACCAUUGAGGACCAGCUGUUUGUCGACGCGACACGGGGGCAAAAGUUGCGCAUCAACCUGGACUUUGUGGUGCCGAGGGUUUCCUGCGAUUAUGUUUCGCUGGACGCUCAGGACGCCACAGGGGAGCAACAUUUGCACAUUGACCACAAUAUCUUCAAGCGAAGGUUGGACCUGAAGGGCAAUCCUAUUGAGGCCCCAAAGAAGGAGGACAUUCAGGCUCCCAAGCCGCGUAAAGAUGCAACGGAGGCGCCGGUGGUCAACAGCAGCACAACGGCCAACCCAUGCGGUUCCUGUUACGGUGCCCAGAAGAACAGUUCCCAUUGCUGCAACACUUGCCAAGACGUGAUCGAUGCGUACAGGGAAAAACAGUGGAAUCCGACGCUGGAGGAGUUUGAGCAGUGCAAAACUGAGGUGGCCAUAGGCAAACUCAGCCUUGAAGCGAAGGCUUUCAACGAGGGCUGCCAAAUUUACGGCUACAUGGAGGUCAACCGCGUCGGGGGAAGCUUCCACAUCGCGCCCGGCAAGAGCUUCUCCAUCAGCCACAUCCACGUGCACGACGUGCAGCCGUUCUCCUCCAGUCGGUUCAACAUGACCCACCACAUCAACACGCUGUCGUUCGGCGAGGAGUUUGGCUUCGGACAGACGAGCCCGCUGGACGGUACGGACGUGAUCGCUGAAGAAGGCGCCAUGAUGUUCCAGUACUACAUCAAGAUCGUGCCGACCGAGUUCGUGCCGCUGAGCGGGCCCAAGCUGCACACGAACCAGUUCUCGGUGACCACCCACCGGAAGAGCGUCUCGCUGAUGAGCGGCGAUAGCGGGAUGCCGGGCAUCUUCGUCAACUACGAGCUGUCGCCGCUGAUGGUCAAGUUCACCGAGAAGCGGAGCUCCUUCAGCCACUUUGCGACGAACUUGUGUGCAAUCAUCGGUGGAAUCUUCACCGUUUCCGGCAUCGUCGACACGCUGCUGUUUACGUCGAUUCACGCGCUGAAGCGCAAGAUUGAGCUCGGAAAAGCUAGCUAAUGUUACUAACCGUCUGUUUAUGGACUGCUCUGGACUUAGAUCUGAUACGAUGUCUCUCAAAAGUUUAAAAGAUAUGUUUGCGUUUUUAUGUUUGUGUUCCUCGAUACCAAAACUUUUAUUACUGUGUACUUGUUUUUAAAGCGUCUUUAAAUAGCUCGUGUAGCAUUCCAUGCUCGACCUGGCCACAUCUCUUACAAACUCUUCGUCGGUACCUUCGACGAGUGAUUUCAGCGAAAUAUACAGCUCCUUGCGCGGGUCGUACUGGGCCUUGCCGAGGAAGCGCAGGAAACCG